CUUCCAAGAACAGCUCGCAAUUUUACGUCUUGUGAGACGCCAAGUUCCAGCGGCCGUGGCACCAGUAAGCAAUCUAUAGACAAAAGUCUGUCAUGAAGCAGUGGUGGCUAUGUCUGGUUCUGGCCAGUCUCAUCCUCGUCUCAGAGGCAAGAACUACUGAGAUGGAGGAGGAUGGAACUGAGGAAGAGGAUUAUCCCGAGAUAGAACAAAGACCUGUUGUAACAGAUCCAUGCAGAAGGAAGAAGUGUUACCGUGGCGAGGAGUGUAUGGUUGAUGAAAACCGCAAUCCUGUCUGCAUUUGUGUUCAGGACUGCCUGGACGAAUUUGACAAACGCUACUGGGUUUGCAGUAAGAAGAAUUUCACCUAUGAAAGUGAAUGUCACUUGGACCGUGAUCACUGCCGGUGUAGAAGAAAUCUCCCAGAAUGCUCGGGCAAACAGCGCAAUGGUGGCAAGAUCCAACUGGAUUACUAUGGAGAAUGCAAAGAGCUGACUGAGUGUCCAGAUCAUGAAUUCACAGAAUUUCCUGGCCGCAUGAAGGAAUGGCUUUUUAUUGUUAUGAAACAGCUGGCUGCUCGUGAUGAACUUGGCAGUUACAUCAAGCUGUUGGACUCUGCCAAGGACGAUGCUAACCACACAGAUGCCAUAAUAUGGAAGUUCUGUGACCUUGAUGUGUCACCGCAGGAUAAGGAAGUGUCGAGGAGGGAGCUGCAGUACAUUGUUCAGUCACUGAAGCCCUUGGAGCAUUGUCUGCUUCCGUUCCUAGAAACCUGUGACAAGAACAACAACCGCAAGAUCACUCUUCAAGAAUGGGGCAACUGUCUGGGGCUGGACAAAGAUAAAGUGAGAAACAAGUGCCAGGAAAUCAGAGCAAAAGCCAAAAGGCAAAAUUAAUAACAGUUUGAAACAUGUAAAACAAGAUUUUAACAGUUAAAUUUUGUGUUAUUUUACAAUUAUAGGAACAUGUUUGUAUUAAAAUAUUGGUGGUCCAUAUUGUGAUAAACAUCUUUUGCUAUGGACAUGACUUUUGAAUGUGUAUUUUAAGAAUGAAUACAAUACAGUGUUCACUGUAUUUACAGUAUGUUCUUGUCUUCUAAUAUAAUCUUCUCGCUUAUUUUAUAUGCAAGUAGUCCAAUCCAUGACAGUCAUGGUAAACUUUAGACAGAAAACAUGUUUUGUGAAAUUGUCUACAUUUUGAAAACCCGACAGUGGACAUACAAAUUGUGAAAUUAAACAAAUUUAAAGGCACUUCUAUUGGGAAUCUUCUUUAAUUUCAUUGCAGUUGUUAAUAGGAAUAUAAAAUUAUAUAUAUUUAGCUGAAUUGGGGGGGGGGGGGGGGGGGGUUGCAAGUGGAGAGAGAAUGAUCCUCCAACAUUGCAUGAAAUUUCACAAUACUAUUACAACUUUGCAAAUAUAUGUGUAUUAGAUUUAUAAAACUCUUAAUGCCUGGUUUGUUUUAUUAUUUUUUAUUAUAUAAAAUUUUAUUAUUUUUGUUAGCAUCCUAUCUUAUAAUUGUAAUUUAAACAGAGUUGCAUUUACUGCUUUUAAAGGCAUAUUGUCACAGACCACUGACCUAUUUAAUGGUCUAACAAAGUAUUACCUGAACAAAUAUAAUUUGAUUUGUUCCUAAAUUUACUUUAUUGAACUAUCUUCAUAAUCACCAUACUCCAUUUUUUAAUGGCAUUUUGUAAAAAUAAUUGAAUUAUGGCAAUGGUCCAUAAUUCAAAAACAAAACUUGCCGAAAGGGAUGACAUGGAUUUCACUCCAUCAUGGUUCAGUUAAGGUGAUGCAAUAGCUAGAUUUGGUUCCAACAAUUAAUGUAAUUUUUAUUUAUUAUCCAUAUUUAGAGAAAUAAGGUCCUUAAAUCCAUGACAGUAUGCCUUUAAGUUCUCUCAACUGGAGUUGUGUUCAUGUAGUCAUGUUCUCAAACAUGUUUUGUUUUUAUUAUUCACUGCAGCUAUAUUACUAUAUGUUGCUUCAGUGUCUUUAGACUGAAUAAAAUUUCAAAUAGUUA